UCUUCAGAAAUUAGCCUCACAGAUGCAGUCAAAAGUCACAACAUCAAAUUGUUCUCCUUUAGAAAUAUAUUUUCCGAGGCAGCCCAGCUUAGCGAAGGGUCUCGGCACGCCGCGGCCCGCAGGCACCUGGCACGCGCCUGCCCCGCCGCCACGAUGCCCAAGAGGAAGGUCAGCUCCGCCGAGGGGGCGUCGAAGGAGGAGCCCAAGAGGAGGUCGGCGAGGCUGUCAGCUAAACCUGCUCCUGCAAAAGUGGAAACGAAGCCAAAAAAGGCGGCAGGAAAGGAUAAAUCUUCAGACAAAAAAGUGCAAACAAAGGGGAAAAGGGGAGCAAAGGGAAAACGGGCUGAAGUGGCUAACCAAGAAAUGAAAGAAGACUUACCUGCAGAAAACGGAGAAACUAAAAAUGAGGAGAGUCCAGCCUCCGAUGAAGCAGGAGAGAAAGAAGCCAGGUCUGAUUAA